CCAGAAAGACGCGUAGUACGACUGUCCCCUUUCUCAUAGAGCUUGCAUUGUGGUCGUCAGGCACGGCAGAAAGCUAAUUGAGCAUGUCGUCCUUCAGUCGCAACCUGUGCAGCACCGCUUCACGAAACCUCCGCCAGCGGUCUAGCGUCUUGAGCAGAGCUGCAAGGCCAAUUGCCCUCCGAACGGCCCAGUCGACGCCUUUUGCUUUGCGCACUACCUCUGCAAAGGCGUUUUCCACCAUGUCGGCACUCCAGAGCGCGGCGCCGCCUGUCCAGAGCAAGCGCGAAUACGACCCGGAGAUCAAGGACAUUGCAAGCUAUGUCCACAACACGGCUAUUGACUCUGAGCUCGCGUAUGACACUGCACGAUGGGUGUUUGUUGACACUCUUGGCUGCGGUCUCGAGGGUCUUCAGUUCCAGCAAUGCAAGAACCUCCUCGGACCCGUUGUCGAGGGCACAGUUGUGCCCAAUGGUGCCAAGGUCCCCGGUACUCCCUAUCAGCUUGACCCCGUCAAUGCUGCCUUCAACAUUGGUGCCAUGAUCCGGUGGCUCGACUUCAACGACUGCUGGCUCGCCGCCGAGUGGGGUCACCCCUCUGACAACCUGGGUGCCAUUCUCGCGACUGCCGACUGGAUCACCCGCACAAACAAGAAUGGAGGCAACCUUGGAAACGGCAAGAUCUUCAAGGUCCGAGAUGUGCUCGAGGCCAUGAUCCGGGCACACGAAAUCCAGGGCUGCAUGGCUCUGGAGAACUCGUUCAACAAGGUCGGAUUAGACCACGUUAUUCUCGUCAAGCUUGCCUCGACUGCUGUCGUCUCCAAGAUGAUGGGCCUCAACGAGUCGCAGACGCGUGAUGCCAUUUCUCAGGCUUUUGUCGAUGGCCAGUCCAUGCGAACAUACAGGCACUCGCCCAACACCAUGUCCCGCAAGUCGUGGGCUGCCGGUGACGCUUGCCAGACGGCCGUCAACCUCGUCCUCAAGGUCCUCAAGGGCGAGCAGGGCCUGCCCACUGUCCUCUCUGCUCCUACCUGGGGUUUCUACGAUGUCAACUUUGGCGGCAAGCCAUUCCAGUUCCAGCGCGGAUACGGAAGCUACGUCAUGGAGAAUGUUCUCUUCAAGGUUUCUUACCCAGCCGAGUUCCACUCGCAGACUGCCGUCGAGGCUGCUCAGCGCCUGAACAAGAAGCUCAAGGCCAUGGGCAAGAGUGCCGAGGAUAUCCAGGGUGUUGUCAACAGGACCCACGAAGCCUGCAUCCGCAUCAUUGACAAGCAGUUCAAGCCCAUGGAGAACUUUGCCGACCGUGACCACUGCGUUCAGUACAUGGUCUCAACCAUGUUUGUGUUCAACCGCCUCGAGGCCACCGAUUACCCCGACGACAGCGAAGCCGCCACUUCUGCUCUCGUCGAGUCUCUCCGCCAGCGCAUCAGCUGUGUCGAGGACCCACAGUUCACCAAGGACUACCAUGACCCAGCGAAGCGCACCAUUUCCAACGCGCUCACCGUGACGCUCAAGGACGGCACCGUUUUGGAGGAGGAGGUUGUCGAGGCACCCCUCGGCCACCGACUGCGCCGUGAGGAGGCGAAGCCCGAGAUUCUGGCCAAGUUCAAGAGGCAUCUUGGUCCCCACUUCCCAGCAGAGCAUGUCGACAAGCUUGUUAAGCUUGCGCAGGAUGCCAAGACCUUGGACAACAUGGACAUUGACCAGUAUGUCGACUUGUAUGUGAAGAACUAGAUAUAUUCGUUGCUAGAUGAAUCAAGAGUAAGGAAUCAUUUGAAAUCA